AUGGAAGCUGCCUGGAUUUCAAAGAACUAUGGUGACGAUCUGUACCUACGUACACUUGUAUCGGACUUCUCGAUAGAAGACUUGCUCAUGCAGACAAGAAGGAUAAGGUACGACGUCAUCGGCCUGGCCAAGACGAGAAGACGCCAGCGUUUCAACGCCAUCAAUGACACCGGAGAAGAACUAUUCCUCGGAACAUGCGACAGUAGAGGAGUCGGCGGCGCCGGCUUUCUCGUCAACACCAGUUUGUCCAUGAACAUCGAUUCAUUCGAACAACUUGCAACCCGAAUCGGAUGUUUACGAUUAAAAAGACGUGGAUCAAUUUUGGCUUUGACAAUCUUCGUCGUUUACGCGCCGACAUCAAAUUAUGACGAAGAAGUCGAAGUUCUAUAUGGACUUGGCGAAGUUCAUGCAUGCGUGUGUGGGUGCGUUCUUUAG